UUUCUUUCUGUACAACAAAAAACCCUAAUUACACUUCUCGCUCGCUCUCUUUCUCUCUCUUUCCUUUUUCAAAAUCCCCAAAAUACCAAACCCUAAUUUUGCCCCCCGUCUUUCUCUCUCAUGGCGACGGCGCGUGAUGAGAGCGGUUUCGGCGCCGGAGGAAAGUUCAGAAAGCGGCCAUUUCGGAGGACUACGCAAUCCACGCCGUACGAUCGCCCUCCCGCAUCGGCGGCGCUCAGAAACCCCGCCAAUGUUAAUAUUAAUAACAAUAAUGGCUGGUUGUCGAAACUCGUUGAUCCAGCCCACAGACUCAUUGUUUCGAGUGCUCACCGCCUAUUCGGCUCUGUUUUUCGUAAGCGACUUCCGCCGCCGCCACCCCCACCGUCGACAACGCCUGAACCAGUUUCAGCAGGAAAUCACGAAGCACAGGAAAUGCACCAGGAGCCAGUCUCUACAGAUGAUCCUGGUGUUCAAGGAGCCAUUAACUGUCAUGAUGGUCCUACUAAUAGUCCCGAUAAAGGCCUCAAUGAACUGGAGCAAAUUUUGAAGCGGAAGACUUUUACAAGAUCCGAGAUUGAUCGAUUGACUGCUCUUUUGCAAUCAAGAACCACCGAUAAGCCUCUUGACAAUGAGCAGAAUAGGUCUGAAGUGAUCCCUUCAAAUCAACAGGCAUUUCUCGAGAAUAAGGAGCCAGUUUUAAAUACUCCUGUAAAAGAAAAUGGGAUUGUGAGCCAACACAAUUUGACUCCUGUUGUGAGCUCAAGUGUCGUUGAUGAGGAUGUUGCUUCACCUGCAGAGCUUGCAAAAGCUUACAUGGGAACUAGGCCUUCUAAAGUAUCCCCGUCAAUGCUAGGUGUGCGCAGUCAGGCAUUAAAGGAAGAGUCAACUGUGCUAAACAAUAGAGUGUUACCUUCUGCAGCACCCAUUAUGUCUCUUGUCCCGCGAUCAUCUGGCCAUGUUGGUAUUACUGAAAAUGGUUUUUUGACUCCUAGAUCCCGAGGCAGAUCUGCAAUAUACAAUAUGGCACGAACACCAUAUUCCCGAAUUCACUCAACCACUACCCUUAAGGGUGUUGGUCAUGCAGUUGACUCUCUUAGUAGACCAUCAUCAUCAACUCAGAGCAUCUGGGAGAAGAACAGACUUACUGAACCUAAACAAGGGACUCUAAAACGCAGGAGUUCAGUCCUGGACAAUGAUAUAGGUUCUGUUGGUCCCAUACGUAGAAUUCGUCAGAAGCCUAACCUUCUGACUUCAAGAAACUUAAGCUUGCCAGCUUCUGGAAGCGCUCUCUCUAUGCGUGGAAGUGGUGUUUCUAGUGCUCUUCAACAGCCCUUGUCUUCGAUACAGAAGCCACAGCUAUCUGGUGAAGAGAAGCAUGGAUUUACAAAAAUGUUAACAGAAAAAGGGGAUAACAACAUUUCUAGUACAAGUUUUACCCCUGUUCCCUCCAAGUCCAGUGAGACAGCUCUUAAAAUACUGCAGCAACUAGAUAAGUUGGUUUCUUCAAGGGAGAAAUCGCCUACAAAGUUGUCGCCAUCAAUGCUACAUGGACCAGCUCUUAAAAGCCUGGAGAAUGUUGAUUCAUCAAUUUUUCUGGAAAAUGUUCAAGAUAAUAAUAGGUCAGGUGGUUCACUUGACACCUCGUUGCCUGAUGCUAGAGAUUCUACGUCCCAAAAACAAGAUAAGGUUGAAGAAAAUGGCCCAACCAAGUUUAGUUUUCCUUUUGAAAAGGCUGUUUCUGGUCUGAAUGGGUUAGAUGCUGCUGGUGUUGUCAAGGAUGAUGUGCCUAGCACUAAAACUACAGAUUCUGCUUUGUCAAACUCCAUUUCGCAUCCUUGCCCACAGAAGAAACGAGGUUUCCAGAUGAGUGCACAAGAGGAUUAUUUGGAGCUAGAUGAUGAUGAUUAUUCUAAUGGGACUGCAUCUACUCCUUUGAUGAAAGGGAAGGAUAAACUAGAUGUCCCUGUGGUUGAGAAUAAGUUUGCUGCUGAUGAAGCAAUUAAAGCGGAGAAGUCUCCAGCUCUUUCUGAAGUUAAGACCCCAAAUUCUGUGUUGAACAAAACGUCUGAUAUCGGAACUCAUGAUGGAUCUGUAGUUGCUGAAAAAAAUUCUCUAUUUACCUUCCCAACUGCACCUUCCUCCAGCAUUACUGGACAGACAGCUGUGGUAGCUGCUCCAUCAACCUCGACUUCUAAUAAAGCAACUUUACCAAAUGAACCAAGUGCUGCUCCUAUAUUUGGCUUUGGAGAGAAACUAAAGGAUUCAAAUGUUGCUUCUUCCACAUUUGGAACUAGCAAGACAAAUGUCGAUAAAGCACCAGAGUUUACUAUAACAUCUGCAACAUUGGUAGUUAAUGAAUCUUCUACACCAAAAUUUGGCACUCAUUUGGAAGAAAAACCUGAAAGCUUAAAGAGCUUUACUUCUGUUCCUGUUGUUGCAACUAAUUCUGUACCAAAAGUGCCUGAAUCAGAUAAAGCUGAUAAUGGAACUAUUUCAAAAGCUGGAAUCUUUUCUAAAACACCUGAAACUGCAGUUCCUUCAGCUNUUGGUGAACACCACAUAAANUUUGGUGCUGUAACUCCACCUAUUGCAAGCACAGGAAGUAGUAUUUUUGGCGGUACAUCUUCAGCAAUCCCAAGCACUGGAAGUGGCAUCUUUGGAUUCAGUGUUGGAGCAACUUCUUCAGCUUCUACGAACCAGGCUCAAGUUUCUAACCCUUUUAGUGUUGGAAGUGCGCAGGCAUCUGUUAAUGCAACUGGUCUUGCAACUUCAACUCAGAGCAUGCCUAAUCAAUUUGGAUCAACUUCGUCAUCUACGUCAUUUGGGUUGGCUGGGAAUCCUGCCUUUUCCUCUAGCAGUUCUUUAUUUGGCUCCUCAACUUCUGUGGCUAAACCUUUUGGUUCAACUCCGACAUUUGGAUUAAAUUCCACUUCUUCAUCAGAGGCCAACCCAAUCAGCUCCACCAGUGGCCCUACUAACAACGUCUUCGGUUCCAGUUGGCAAGCCCCUAAGACUCCCUCAUUUGCUUCAACAUUCAACUCUUCAACUCCCUCAACUGGGUUUCAAUUUGGAGGAUCAGCUUCGUCUGCUGCUACUAGCAGUGCUCCUUUGUUUGGGUCAUCUACGAAUACUACAUCAAGUUCCAUUUUUCCGUUUUCUUCAGCUGCAGCAGCCACCUCAUCGCAACCUACCUUUGGUAAUGCGGGUUCUAUGUUUGCAUUUGGUUCUACUCCCUCAAACAUUAAUAAUGAUCAAGUGGGUAUGGAAGACAGCAUGGCUGAGGACACAGUUCAGGCGUCCACACCAGCAGUUCCUGUAUUUGGUCAACAACCCAUGACACCUUCUACUGGCUUUGUCUUUGGUUCAACAACUCCAUCAGGAGCAAAUCCUUUCCAAUUUGGAAGCCAACAGAGUCUAGCCACCCCCCAGAACCCUUCUCCAUUUCAGGCUUCUGGUAGUUUAGACUUCAAUGCUGGAGGUAGCUUCUCAUUGGGCAGCGGCAGUGUUGACAAGUCUCAAAGAAAAAUUGUGAAACUCAAGGGCAGGCACAGGAAGAAGUAAAUACAACAAUUCUGACAGGUAAUUUGGUUUCCUUUUAGGAGGCCGUGGUUAUUUCAAAUGCUGAAAA